CAUUCCUGCUUGGCUCUUUCUCAUACUUGUUGUUACAAGCAAGAUUACUAGGAUCACUGUGACUGAAAAAAUAAGGGGAAGGAGCGUUUUGCCUCAGGCUAGGAUUUUGAAAGAUCUCUUUAUUUAUUUUGCACGUCAGCAUUUAUGUGUUAGUACAUGGUCAGUGCCUCUGCUAGUUGUUUGUAAGCAGUUUGUUACUUUUUUACUUCAAAAUAGCUAAAUCUGGGCCUGCUUAACCACAGAACAUCACAGAGCAGACUGUGGGGGCAGUGGCUGAAAAGCAGAAGUGAGACAGGGUCGAGGAGUGAACCUUGGGUCCACCCCUUUCUGCUCACACCCGUUCUGUGCUUUCCAUUUCAUCUUUUCUUUUUCAGAAGAGAAACUUGAACUUGGAAGUCUCCACAUUUCUGUAGUCAUGACAUUAUUUUCCUCCUUAACCCCAGUCUUCAUAGCAAUUAUAUGUGUUUUGAUUGGGGUAAUACUGAAGAAGACUAAAAGAGAGAAGGAAAAAGGUGACACUAGAAGUAAGCCCAUACCUCGUCCAUGGGUGGAUGAAGAUCUAAGGGAUGGCACUGAUCACCACUUUGUGGAAGAAGAGGUUGAUGAAGAGUGGCAAGGACUUGAUGAAAAUGUUGCCCAUGUGCCCUUCAUUGCAGAGCGUUACUCUGAGGCUGAAAUGAUUAAAAGGUCCCGGUCAUUUUAUGAGCUUCUUGAUAAGAGGCGGUCUGUCAGGUUUCUCAGUGAUGAGCCAGUCCCCAGGGAGGUUAUUGAUAAUGUCAUCAGAACGGCAGGUACUUCACCCAGUGGAGCGCACACUGAGCCCUGGACCUUUGUGGUAGUGCAAGAUCCAGAUUUAAAACAUAAGAUUCGGGAGAUUGUAGAAGAAGAAGAAGAAAUAAACUACAAAAAAAGGAUGGGAGAUAGAUGGGUCAAUGACCUGAAGAGAUUAAGAACAAACUGGAUCAAAGAAUACUUGGACACUGCCCCCUAUCUGAUCCUUAUUUUCAAGCAGGUGUAUGGGAGGCUUCCAAAUGGCAAAAAGAAGACCCACUACUACAAUGAAAUCAGUGUAUCUAUUGCCUGUGGUAUGCUGCUUGCCGCCCUGCAGAAUGCCGGUCUGUACACAGUGACCACCACACCCCUGAACUGUGGUCCCCAGCUGCGGACGCUGCUCCAGCGCCCAGCCAAUGAGAAGUUGCUCUUGCUGCUCCCUGUGGGCUAUCCCAAGAAAGAUGCCACUGUGCCUGCACUGACUCGAAAGCCAUUAGAAGACAUCAUGGUGGUCAUGUGAACCCAGGGUCAUGAAGAGAGAGCACAACAUACUGCCUGCUAGGAAGCACCAGUCCAUUGAAGUUGUUGAUGCUUUUCCUGUGUAUUACGCCCAGCUUUAAUGCUCGCAUAUUACUGCUGCUCUGGCUAUUUACACUCAUGCACCUUUUAGUGCUAGUAACCACGGUGCCUGCUUCUACUAACAGCAGCAAGUAGUCAUGCAUGGUGCAUUUAACAGGUACGAUUACCAAUGAACCUGAGGAGUUGUUCCAAGAGACAAGUACAGUAACAUUCAAAUGACCUUCAUCACUUUAUUUUUCUUAUGCAUUGUAGGGACUGAUCUUUCCUUGAACAAUAACACAUAUUUUCCUUAUACUUUUGUGAUUACCACUGAACAGCUGUUUUUACUUCAUACCUUUAAUGGAGGUUGUAUGUCACAGAAUCAUAGUACCAUUAAGGGUGGAAAAGACCUCCAAGGUUAUCUAGUCCAAUUGUACACCUACCACCAAUAUUUCCCCAUUAGCCAUGUCCCUCAGUACAGCAUCUAAACAUUUGUCAGAAUCACAGAAUAGCCAGGUUUGGAAGGGACCACAAGGAUCAUGAAUCUCCAACUCCCCUGCCACAUGCAGGGCCACCAACCUCCAGAUUCAAUACUAGACCAGGCUGCCCAGGGCCCCAUCCACCCUGGCCUUGAACACCUCCAGGGAUGGGGGACAAGGCAUCCACAACCUCUCUGGGCAGCCUGUUCCAGUGCCUGACUACUCCCGGACCUGAACCUCUCCUGGCACAGGCACUGAAUAAACUGCCCCAUAGUAAAAAAAAAAAAAAAAAAAGAUUCUUGUGAUGGCAUCAGCUUCCUAGCCACUUAUUUAUGAGAUAGGUUUCCCUCAUUCUCUCAGUAUCCCUUGCUUGCCAUUGAAGGGCUAGUGGAAAAUACCACCUGUACUCCUGUUGCAUCAACUAACUGCCCUAAUGCCCUGAAGUCCCUUUUGAUAGCCUUCAAACUUCUCUCAGCAGCUUCAUAACUUCCAGCCUGAACUAUAACUAAAGGUUAAUAAUCAGAGGGUUGAACUAGACCAUGAAGUUUUUUAGUAAUGCCUCUGCCCUGGGCCCCAGGAAGGCAGCACACUUUGCUAUGGGUAUGGGGCCCUCUGCUCCCCUCAAGAGGGAGUAGCCUACUACAGUUACCCUUCUUUCCUUCUUGGAAGAAGCCAUUCUGAGACAUGGAGUUGACUGCCUCACUCUAGACAACCUCCUUGGUGGGUCUCCCACCACAUUCUCACUCACUUUUCCCUCAAAUUCCAGAGCCUCAAACCUGUUGUGUAGUUUCUCAAACCUGGGAAACGAGGUAGGUAGGCAUGGGAUUUGCCUGCAACACUGAGCUGAGACCUGUUUCCAUUCCUUCUCAUCUCUUAGGUCCCCUCCUUUUGCCUGACAGCAACAGAAGGAUCCACCACUGUUUGAGGGGUAUCACCCCAGUUCCUUUCUCACAUGUAUAGCAGGGAGUCAGUCCACCAGCCUAUGUAGUGCUCACACUCCUUGAUGCUCCUUAACUUCUCCCUUGAGCUCUGCCACCGUCCUGAGCACAUCACCCACUUGCCCGCAUCUCACGCAGGCAGAAUGUUUGCCGCCCUCCACCGGCAGCAACAAGCUCAAGCACUGCCUUCAACCAGAGAACAGAAAUCCCACAUUCUUUUUGGCAAGAGCUUUUUGUCUAGUGAAGUCCAUGGCAAAAUUUGUAGUUUGGGAGGCAGCCGACCAUCCCUGCACACAUUGCCGGUUGCACUCCAUGGGACCGCCAAUGUACGCCGAGGGGUUUGCCUGCUGUCACUCCGCCCACCGCAUCAGCGGGUCCUCUCCUUAAGCGCCCCGUCCCCUUUACCGUGAUAGGAUUUGUACUGGAGGAAGGCGUAUUUCCCAUGUAGUUUUCUCUGCUUAGUGGUAGCAGUAGUGAGAUAGUGUUAAGCUAUCCCAGCUUAACACUGCAACUUUUACAGGCUCUCACACGUGAAAGGUGCUUUCCCAUCACACCAAACAAGGCGUAUUUCAGUCUGUUUAAAGGCCGUUUCUCCCCCCAGCAGCGUUGCCUGUCGAGGGUCCCAAACCUGGAGGCAGUUUUGGAGAAGCGCCAUUCGCAGGUCUCACAGCUGGUGUCGCCAGUGCCUGUGCAGGCAGCGCCCCCUGGCGGCGCUCCGAAUUGUGGUGGAGGCGGCUCCUGAGCCCGCAGCCUGGCAUGCGAGCAGUCCAGGUGCAAGAAGUGCUGCUAGCUAAGCAAGUGGAGGUGAUGUUUACAGACGUACCGCUCUUGAUGGUAUCAGUGUCUCUCUUUCACUGUGGCGAAAAACGGUUUUCCUCUUUGGCAGACUGUUUAGCUGGCUUCACAGCUGUGUAUUCAGCUAUUUUACUGGUCCCAUUUCCCAAAGUGUUGUACAUGUUUUUGGUAGCAUGGUCCCAGCCUGAAAUGAACUUUUACAACCACAGUAACAUCAAAAUUCUUCAAACUUCCUGCAUUUUCAGCCCAAAUUCAAUUGAUUUUGACAAAACUAGAAUUUGAAGUAAAAAAUUGUAAAACAAACAAACAAACGAUCCUACAAUUUGAAUUUGAAUUGCUUCCUUAUAGAAGCUGGCCUCACUGAGUCUAAAAGCUGGUCAAGGACACUGCAAUGUCACUGGUGAGCAGUGGUAAGUCCAGGCAGAUCGGCUGCAGGUUCCCAGGUAUAAGGAACACACAUCACAGUUGGGAUAACAACUCAUCCUUCCGUACAGAAGCACCUCUGCCCUAUCAGGCCCCCUCAAAAAGCACUUUUCAUCUGCUACAAAAGUAAAUAUGCCCUAUUUUUUCUUUCUAAUUCAGAGCUCAUGUUGAUACUGGGCUGAACCUUUGUCACUCUACGUUAUCUUCUAUAGCUUAGAAAUAAAGUGCUUCUGCCUGGCCCAAUUUGCAAAAGAGAUUGUAUUUGAGUGUGUUUAUUCCACGAGAGUUCUCAGAGAACUUUUAUCAGAUUAGUUCAGUUUAAACCAACAUGAGCUUGCAUACCUAAGUCAUUUUGUUGCAUAUAUAAGACUAUUGUAUUAUGGCUUUUUAAUUAAGACACGAAGAACCAAGCCACAUUAAAAUAUGCCCAUUAUUGUCAUGGUAAUAAAUACUGCUAAAAAAACAUACCUAUGUAUACUGAGAAAGAUACUUUAUUUUGUUUUGUUCUGUUUUUUUGUUUGUUUGUUUGUUUGUUUUCUUCCAUAAGUUGAUGAUGGAAACUGAUAGACACAUAUUGGCUGAAGAAAACAAACUUACACGCUGCAGCAGAAAUGCUAAGUCGGCCUGAAACAGUGAUUGAGCACCUGGUGGGAGGGCAGGGCUAACUCUGGGGAACUCAGGUGCAUACAGUGGCUCCACCUCUUCCCAGAUCUCAUUUAAGGGUUGACAGUGGAGGUAAGGGUAUUUUGCUCAAGAUCCCUGCCUACUCUGGACCUUUCAACUGAAAACCACACUAAAUACAAAAUGGAAAAUUAAGCAGUUUGAACCACAGUGGAGGAAGACAGUUAAAAGUCUAACAAGAAAAGGAGUAUGAUUUUUAUCUUUUCUAUUAUUAUUGUUAGAGCCAUCAGAAGUUUUCUGCCUGCAUUGGAAAAAAAAAACCAAUCAAACAAACAAACCUUGAAAACUCAAUUAGGAGACUAUGAACUAUGUGAUUAGAAAGGUUUUUACUUAAAAAUAUGCAUGAUUUUCCAUGAAAAGAUGAACUAUGGGGUACCAGAAUUUUUGAAACUGUUCAGCUCUUAUGUGGUCAUCUUCCUUUCCUGCUAUGUCAUAUGGUUUGAUUUUUGGGUGGUCUUGCGUGGAGCCAGGAGUCGUGCUUUAUGAUCCUUGUGGGUCCCUUCCAACUCUGGAUAUUCUAUGAUUCUUAUUUUGUCUGUGAAAUUUUGUGUGGUUUGGAAUAUGUUUAAUUUAUAUAAGAUCGUAUUGGGACUUCUGAUGCUUGAGAAUGCUCUGCUUGGCAGAAAAAUAGUACCAUGCCAUGGUUUGAA